CAACCCAAUUUUUCAUAAUAUUUUGAUUUGUUUUUUGAAGUAUAAAAACUCAACACUGAACGCACAAUUUUUCAUAAUAAAUUGAAAUCCCAAGUUUCAAACCCACUAUUUUAUUCCCCUUCGUUCUUCACAGUUCACCUCCUCCUUUUAACAACAUUAUUUUGGGUGAGAUCGAAGCGUGGGAUGUCAAAAACUGAUCGAGAGAACCUAGGUUGAUUUUCUCCACACUUUUCAACUUCUUUGUUCUUUGCUCUGUUCCAAUUGCAAUCUUAACAUUUUCAAUUUCUCAUUUAAUUUGCUGCAACCUUUCUAUUUGUGUUUUCUUCACCCCAAAUUGGUCUUCAAGAAUUGGUCUCUGGUUCUUACUUUUAUGGCGAUCCCACUCUCUGGGCCCCCAUAGUUCGAUCUUCAAGGGACCAAAAAAGGUAAUUUUCCAAGAGAUAUAUAAUGGAAGAUCUGUGUAGUGUGAGUAGUCCUAGAAGAAUACUGAGUGUAUCAAAAAGAAGAAGAGCUGCAGAUGAGAAAGCUGCUGGGUUUGGGUUAUCGGGAGACCAUGGCCCAAAACCUUCUGAAGUUUAUGGCUUUAUCGGAUCCAUCUCAACUGUAGUUGCUACAGUUAUAUACUUGAUCUGGGCAUAUCUUCCAGACUCGUGUCUACAUUCAAUUGGAAUCUAUUACUAUCCAAACAGGUACUGGGCUCUGGCGGUGCCAGUGUUUGUAAUGGUUUCUAUAGCAUUAGCCUUGCUGUUCUACAUUGGUCUUAACUUUUUGUCAACUCCACCCCCAACUUCCUUCCAUAUUAUCUUUGAUGAGUUCAGUAAAGAGCCAUGUAUCUCUGCUUGUUCAGAACAAGAUCAGCCUAUUGAACCGAUAUCCGAUAUUGGCAUCAACAGAAUCAACAAGCUUAUGUUCAAUAAUAAGAAAUGAUAAAUAGGUACAUAAUUGGCAACUCUUGAAAGAAAAUCCCACAGCAUGUGGCUGAGAAAAAAGAAAAAUAGAGUUGCACAUAAAUAUUGCUACAAUGUCCAUAUUAGUUCCUCGAGUAAAGGGGGCGAGUAAUGGCAGUUGUGACUUCCUGACUUGAACCUUUAAUCUGAAGGGAUAACGGAAUAUCACACAACAUGAUUUCACCAAUGUUUCAUGUUUGGGAUCUUCCAACAUCCAUUGAGCAAUGUUGUAGUGGUAGGUUGAAAUUCUGGUUUUGCCAUCAGAGUGCAGUUUUUCGGAGGCUAUGAGGUCAGAAGUUUCCAUUGAUGGCAUGUUUCCCCGGUCGUCUUUGAUUUGGGACAUCUAAGAAACGAGCAUUUCAUGUACUUUUUCUUUCAACUGCAUAUGUUGCAAGGAAAUUGGUAUCAGAAUCAAAGUUCUUAGAAUAUUUUUGUGAACCAAUUCAUAUUAUCUGAGAUACUUUAGAACUCUUUUUUUU